UUUCAGGUUUUCCCCAAUUCCCCCUUUCAUUUCUGAACUCAUUUCAACUAAUCCUUCUAGGGUUUCCAAAAUUGGGUCACACUUCAGAUAAAUAUAUCACAAUCUGCUUCCAAUUUCUAUCCGCCACAUCUAAUUUCAGCAAGGUAUGAUCCAAGAUACACAAAUCACACUGAUUUUUCUCUAGAUUCAUAACCUGUACGAGAUUUGAUCUAUAAUUUGCUGUAAAGUUACGAUUUUUCGUUGAUUACAACUGAUAAUUGGUGUAUAAUGAGUUCAGAUCUUCCAAGUUACAUGAUCUAGGGUUUUAGUUCCAUUUUGUUGCUUUUUAAGCAGUUGUUGAUGGUUUAUUGAAGGCAAUUGAAAGAGGAUUUAUUUGGGGGAAUUUGGUGGUUUAUGUGUUGGAAUAAAGACUAUGGCUGCUGGUAGCGGUUUUUCGGGCUCAUGUGUAAUGGUGGAAGAUGGUUUUAGUAAUGAUGUUUGUUGUGGAGGUGAAGAGAAGUCACAGAAUUCAGACCAGUUGAGUCAACUGGAUGUUGGAAAACCGCCGAGAUGUGUGUCGGUUGUUCGACAUAGUAUAAGUACUGCAACGCUGCUGACGGCGCCUGCAGAUCCGAAUUUUGUCCUCGGGAUUGUUGGGAUCAAGUCAGUUUCAGAUGGCAAAUCCGAAUACAUGCCCAUGAUUCGAUCAGGAAGUUGUGCAGAGAAAGGGCCGAAGGAAUACAUGGAAGACGAACAUAUAUGUAUAGACAACCUUCUAGAACAUUUAGACAGAAUAGAAGGUUUACCUUCUCUUGGAGCUUUCUACGGGGUUUUUGAUGGGCAUGGUGGAACCGAUGCUGCAUCUUACGUUAGAAAAAACAUAUUGAAGUUCAUAAUCGAGGACCCUCAGUUCCCGGGGUGCUUGAAGAAGGCUAUAAGAAACGCAUACAUAAAAGCCGAUCAAGCUUUUGCAGAAAACAGCACGGUCGAUAUCUCUUCCGGAACCACCGCAUUGACCACCCUCAUAUUCGGACGGAUGUUGGUAGUUGCAAACGCUGGUGAUUGCCGGGCUGUUUUAGGAAAACGGGGCCGAGCGUUAGAACUAUCAAACGACCACAAACCAAACAGUAUACCCGAGCGACAUAGAAUCGAACAACUCGGUGGCGUGAUCUACGACGGUUACUUAAACGGUCAACUAUCAGUGUCCCGAGCUCUUGGAGAUUGGCACAUGAAAUGCUCGAAAGGAUCCGUUUGCCCAUUAAGUGCCGAACCCGAGUUGCAAGAAAUCCUGUUGAUGGAAGAUGACGAGUUUCUUAUUAUGGGAUGUGACGGACUGUGGGAUGUCAUGAGCAGUCAAUGUGCGGUAACAAUAGCCCGAAAAGAGUUGAUGAUUCAUAACGAUCCCGAGAGGUGCUCGAGGGAGCUCGUUCGUGAGGCGCUUAAACGGAGUACGCGUGAUAAUUUAACGGUGAUUGUGGUCUGUUUUUCACCGGAUCCACCGCCAUGGAUUGAGAUACAAUCGCAAAUGGGACACAGGCGGAGUGUUUCUUCAGAAGGGUUAAACUUUCUUAAGGGUAUUUUGGAUGGUAACUCGUGAAAUGGGUCGUGUUUAUAGCGAGUUUCGUGUAUUCGUUUUCGGAGAAGACGGGAAUUUUCGAUGGUUUCCGUUUUAUGUACAUUUUGGUAAGUUGUGUUAUCGAUAGAUAGUACUCUUGCUGUUUAUUUAUUUUCUUCAUUGUACGAUAUUUCUGAUUACAUUAGUUAAUCAUCUUUAGCUCAUGUUUGUGGCAUA